GGUGAAGGCCGGGUAGAGUUCGGGGGGAGAGAGGCAGGCAAAACCGUGUCAGGCAUCCCACAUCCUGAGUAGGCCUACUGUAUGCACUCACAGAUCAAGUUCCACAUGCAAGUGCUAGGUUUCGCCAUUCAGCUGUUACUCAUUCCAUCCAGUUGCCAAGAAUGUGAACUUCAUAAGAAGAAACAGAAGUUACAGCAGAAGGCUCUGCAGCAACCUAAGCAGAAGAAAUCCAAGUCGGCUGAAUUUCUGAUGGGCGGAAUGGAGGAGAGAGCUGUGGUGGAAGGCAUUGAAAACCCUGUAUACGAUGGCAGCUACAGCACAGAGCUUUCAGCUUCUCAGGCUUCAGCAGGGAGAGAAAUUCAACGUGACAGGCAAGAUAGCACCCUUGCAGCUCACCAACAAAAAAUGGAGCUGCUGGCCCCUGCCAAACCAAGAGUUUCCACAGGAAAUGAGCGUGCCCGAAAUUACUUUGACCCAGCGCUGGUGCAGGAAACCAACCCAAGGCGGUGCGGGAUGGCGGAGGUCGGCACAGAAGAUGAGCUGGAAUUAAAAAUAAUGAACCAAGAUGAAAAGGGCCUAUAUCAGAAAAUGUCUGAAAUGCUGGACGCUGACGACGACAUAACCAUCAUAGAGUUACCAGGUACGGCGCUCGCCCACAGGGAGGAGGAAGAGGUGUGGAAGGUGAGGGCCGGUGAUCCAACGCUGCGUGUCGGUGCCAGUGCUGCAGGCCGUGGGCGCUUCAUGGCGGCAGUGGAAGAAGGGGAAGAAGAGGUGAUCCCCCGCUACGCUCAGCAGCUAAGGGAGCGCAUGCUGCCUGACAUGAUCACGCUUGGCAGCCUUUCACUGGAACAGGAUACACAUCUUCAAAGAGAAGGGAUGUCUCAGGAAAAUGAGUGGGUGAAGAAGAAAAGACUAAUGUCCUUCUUAAGGGGAAAUGCAAAGGAACCCCAGGCCCAGUCACACAGAGACUGUGACCAACAGGAGAGGAUACUUCAAGACAGGCUGUAUGCAGCGUUCCAACGCGCAGAGAGCCAGUUGCUGAAGGCGCUGAGGGAGCGCAAAGGUGAAGUGAUCGCCAAAUACGGCGAGAUGACAGAAGCCUCCUCCGCAGCAGAAUCACCGUGGGCCAGGGAGCCAGGCCUCGGCUGGCAGGUGGAGUGGUCGCAGAGUCCCCAGCCCAUGGAAGUGCGUGUGCGCUGCCUACGGGCAGUCAGGGACAAGCUGCCCAGGGGCCUUUACAGCCUCAGUGUGGCCCUCCACAGCCGUCUGGGAGGCCCCGCCCUCACCUGGUCCUGUCUGAAGGAGGAGCAGUGGGCUGGGACCACAGAGCCUGUGGAGCACGGGGGCCACUUCUACGACACAGAGCUGCAUGUCAACCAGAGCCUGUUCACUAUCCUGCCUGCGUCGUGUGACAUGCUGCCCUCCAUGGUCCUGCUGUUCAGGCUGCUGGGCCUGACGGGGGAGCGGAGCCCGGUCGGCACCACACUGGGCUGGGCCGCCUUCCCUGUCUGCCACGCCACCCUCAUAACUGUCCAGGGGCGCUUCAAGACCCCCAUCCUCAGGGGGCUUCCGCACCCCCACCUCGACCAGUUCCGCAAGAUAGAAGGCCUUAUGUCAGCCGACCUGGACAACUGGCUGUGUAACCUGUACUUCCAGGUGAGGAAGCUCCCCAGUGGCAGCUCCAGAAGGGAUGAGGAGCACAGUGUCACCCUGCAGAUCCCUCCUCUCCUCGUCCCCCCUUCGCCCCCCCAGGCAGGCCCAAGCGGCACCAGCGCCAGCCGGGGGAGAGGCGGCAUCAAGCCGUGUCACCGGGGGUCCCCUCUCCACCUGUCUGCCUCACACUCCUCCUCUGCCUGCUCCUCCUCCACUCUGCCAGGUCAGGGAAGUGUCCCCGACAAGAGCAUUCUGGGAGAUUUAUGUUCUGCCACACAGGCAAAGUACCAGUCCUCCACACCCACCUCCUCCACUCUACGAAAAGAAAGAGGGGGGAACAACAGAGAAAAUUCAGGUGAGGAGGUGGCUGGAGAAGAAGUGAACCUGAUCCGUACCUUGAGUAACGGAUCAAAAGGUGUCCCUCACAGCACCUCGCGGAGGCCAGUUAAGGCACCGCUCCGGAAGAACUCCACAGUAGUGGUCCCUGAGAAAAUAGAGGAGAUGAGAGAUCCCUACACAGAGAAAGCAGAGACAUGGAUGCACUACAAGAAGAAGCCAAUCAACAAGAUAAAUAGCUCGAGCGCCCAUGUGAGAGGGAGCGCGGCACCUCCACCGCUUCUGCAGGGCCAGGCUGACAAACAGGAGACAGCAGCUCCAGCUGCAGCAUCAUCGGAGAAGAGGGAGAAUCUCUGGGCUAAGGAGAUGGAGGAGUAUACGUUCUCCCUACAGCCUGUGCUCUCCUACAGAGGGCCGGGCGGUGGCGGCACCGGCAGUGGUAGCAAUGGUGGGGCUGCUGAGCGUACACAUUUGGCUCUCCGCAUGAUCCCGUCAGAGCUGGGCCUGUCACCGCGGCGCUGGGGAUGGCGCUCCUCCUCAGCAGCAGCAGCAGCACAGCUCUGCCUCAUUAUGCCGCUCCUGGCUUUGAUCUGGUUUGCAAGGCUCUACCUGCAUUACUGCAGCCAGUGGCUCUUCCUCCAGGCCAUCGCAGUUCCUGUCAACAAAUUCCAGUUCCAUGCUCACACCGUGGAGCUGGUCUACCAGAAUUCCUUGCUUCAUACCCGCGAGGAGUUGGCUAUGGUCGUGGUGGGACCUCUGACCUUGAACGCCGUAACGUUGCUGCUGCUCCUGAUCAGAUGGGGCUGUCAGCUAGCGUUUGGCUCACUCCCCUCCUUCACGUCAAACUUUAUCAUGGCUUUGGGAGUGUGGACAGUGCUGGACCCGCUGGCGGUCUUUGUAGUGGAUGCCGUCCUGGGGCGUCUGUCCUACAGUUCAGAGUCUCCUGUUGCGGAUGCAGCCAAGCUCUACUGGCACUUCUACCGGACCGACCAAUCAGGGGCAGCUGGAGUGGUCAUCACCCUCUUCCUCUAUGCCAUCCUCUUCCUCCUCUCCACCACCAUCCUCUACCUCUACCUCCUCAGACUCCACAACGAGGGGCGCAUGCUGGACAUCUUCCAGCGUCUCAGCGUGACUGAGGGAUCCUUCUUCGUCCCCCGGGACCUGGAGGUGUCCAACCAGGAACUAGACUACAUCAUCCAGAAGGCCGAGCAGUGGAGGGGCUUCAACGGAGAAAGACGCAAGGUGUCAGUGUAUGACUACAUCUGGACAGAGGAGGGCCCCUUGGCGGGCUGUGCCCCCCCCAGGGGUGACCCUCGUGGGGCCGUGCCCGCUGCAGGGGGCGAGAGCAGUACCCACGUGUCUGUCUAUACCCUCUACCUGAGCGGACAGCGCCACCGUUACAGGCACUUCCUACGCCAGCCGGACGGUGCCAUCCUAGAGGUGAUUGGUGACAUGGACGGGGCAGAGCCUCCUCUCAGCACUAUGCCCCGCCCAGGUCAGAGGACGCCAGAGGUGAACCAGGAAGACGAAGGCACAAGCUCCACCCUCCAACUCAGGGAGAGGAAAAGGAGGAAGCCUGUUUGGCGUACUCAUCGCGUUGAGCCAGUAGGAGACAGUGGGCAUGGCUCGAGCUGCACUGCAAGGCCUUAGCCACUAAUGUCACUGUGAAGUGAAACAAAGCAGGAGAGGACACCCAGGACUUUUCUGUUUGCGGAGAACGGCCGCUGGAUCCUAAUGGCUGAAUGUCUUCAGCACAGAGUCAUCUGGAGAGACAAGGCACAGCGGCUCCUUAGAUGAUUAAAAAGUAAUUUUCUUAACUGUCCUCAUAGGAUUUGUAAAAAAAUAAAUGUUCAAAAAUAACAUUAAAUUGCUCCAAUCAAG